AUGUCCCGACCUCACCCUGCCGCCGUGAAACCGGAGCCUCCGGCUAACGAGGCCAUCAUAAAGCCACCUCCACCGCAUGCGCCGACUCCACAGCCACCGAAACUCGCUGUUUUGACUGACCUUAACGUUGAGCCGCUGGACUCCGACCUCCAAUCUACUUCUUCUCUUACUGUCUCUAGGGUUAUUAAUGAUGAGAACAGUCAAGUUAAAAUGAGCUUGAUGGGAAAUGCAGAGGCGGCCAUGGAUGCAGAAGCAUCACAACUGAAAAGGUUGGGGAAAUGCCGUUCAAGAAGUAGUAAAUCUGAGUACCCUCCUGAUUGCAGUGGAGCUGAUAUAGAUGCUGAACAAAAUGGUCAAGGGGCCUCCACUUCUCGUGAGGAAAAAGUUAGCAGCCUCAAAACCGGGUUGGUACACGUUGCACGAAAGAUGCCAAAGAACGUGCACGCUCAUUUCAUACUUGGUUUAAUGUAUCAGAGAAUGGGUCAACCUCAAAAGGCGAUUCUGGCUUAUGAGAAAGCAGCAGAAAUAUUGCUUCGCUCUGAAGAGGAAAUUGACCGGCCUGAGUUGCUAUCACUGGUUCAGAUUCACCAUGCACAGUGCAUACUGUUAGAAAGCUUGGAGAAUUGUACUUUGGACAAAGAACUCGAACCUCAAGAACUUGAUGAAAUUGGUUUGAAGUUGAGGGAGUCUAUGAAGUCUGAUGUCAGACAGGCAUCUGUCUGGAAUACUCUUGGUCUGAUACUUCUUAAAACUGGUCGCUUGCAGGGUGCUAUAUCAGUAUUUUCAUCUCUGUUGGAUAUUGUCCCCGACAACUUGGAUUGUCUUGGUAACCUUGGAGUCGCGUAUCUUCAAAGUGGAAAGUUGGAGCUUUCAGAAAAAUGUUUCCAAGACUUGGUUUUAAAAGAGCAAAAUCAUCCCGCUGCUUUAAUCAACUAUGCUGCUGCUCUUUUGUGCAGAUAUGGUUCAGUUGUUGCAGGUGCUGGGGCGAAUGCUGAAGGGGGGACUUCUGCAGAUCAGGUUGCAGCUGCCAAUGUUGCCAAGGAAUGUUUAUUGGCAGCUGCAAAAGCAGAUCCCAGAGCAGCUCAUAUAUGGACAAAUCUGGCUAAUGCAUAUUAUUUGACUGGUGAUCAUAGAACGCCAGGAAAAUGCUUAGAGAAGGCUGGAAAGCUGGAGCCCAAUUGUUUAGCCACGCGAUAUGCUGUUGGAGUUCACCGAAUCAGAGAUGCAGAAAGGUCUCAGAAUCCAAAUGAUCAGCUCACCUGGGCUGGAAAUGAAAUGGCGUCAAUAUUAAGAGAAGGAGAUUCUGUCUUAAUUGAGCCUCCAAUAGCAUGGGCAGGUCUUGCUAUGGUCCACAAGGCCCAACACGAGAUUGCAGCAGGAUUUGAUAUUGAACAAAAUGAACUGCUGGAAGUCAAAGAACGUGCUACAUACAGUCUAAAGCAGGCAAUAGGGGAAGACCCAGAUGAUGCUGUACAAUGGCACCAAUUUGGUCUUCAUUGUCUUAGUACCCAACAAUAUAAAACAUCUCAGACAUACCUGAAGGCGGCGGUUGCUCGUCUUAAAGAAUCUGUUUAUGGAUGGUCAAAUCUCGGUAUCUCACUGCAGCUAUUGGAAGAGUCUUCACAAGCAGAAGAAGUAUAUAAACAUGCCUUGUCAUUGGCUACAUCGAAACAGGGACACACCAUAUUUUCCAACCUCGGGAAUUUCUAUCGGCAAUUAAGGAAAUAUGAAUUCGCAAAGGCAAUGUUUGCGAAGUCACUUGAACUGCAGCCGGGUUAUGCUCCUGCAUAUAAUAAUCUUGGUCUCGUGUUUGUAGCUGAAGUUUGUAAAGUGACGGUGAUAGGUUGA